GGGUGUCUUGCCGGGAUGAUUUUUUGGGGUGAUUUUCCGGGGUAGAACUUUGGCGCGGACCGCCAUGGCGCGCAUGUUCGCCUCUCGGCGCUGGCCACUGCUAGCCCUGUGCCUGGCGAUCCGGGCCGCGCUGCCGAGGACCUUUGCGGCGCCCUCGGCUUCUGCGGCCUCGGAGAGCACCUGGCGCGAGGCCUACCAAGCGGAGCUCGCGCGGAACGAGCUGCUGCAGCAGCAGCUGGAGAGUUUGGGCAAGGACGCCAGCCCGGAGGUGCCUGAGGCUUGCGAGGUGGAUUGGGAAGGCAGCUACCAGAAGCUCGCAGCCUGCAACCAGCAGCUGGAGGUGGCGAUCUACGGUGAGCGGAAGUCGACAGAGGAGGUGCCGAAGGCCGCGCCGCUGGCCUUUGAAGUGUCGCUGCCCGCUUCCGAGACCAAAGAGCGAGUGGAGGUCCUGGGCUUCCGAGAUCCGCGGAAGGCGUCCUUCUUUGCGGUCAAAGCACGCCUUCCUUUAGGCCUCCAGCUCACGAAGGACGCCCCCAACGAGCCCAAGAACGCCUUCCUGGUGGAGGCUGUGGCCCCCGAAGGCGCCGCCGCCCAAAGCGGAGUCCUGGCCGGAGACAUUUUGCACGCGCUCACCGCGGUGAUGGACCGGUCCAACCUCGGCAUCAAGACCGAGGACUUUGUCUCCAGCGUGGUGGGCGGCCUGGGCCGGUGGAGACAGACGAUCGUGGAUUCUUCGUACAUCAACACGGUGGACGACCUCGUAGAUCAGCUUAAGUCCAACACCAUGUUGGGCUCGGACACAGAAGUCUUGCUCAUUUUCGAGCGGGAUGUUAGCGCGCUGCCAGAACCGGCAGAGCCUUUGGAAGCUGUGCCAAAGUGAAGCAUGGCAAGU